UUGUAUUUGACGAACAAGCAGUGUAUGCUACAUGUGCGAAUACCGUGUUUCUACAACAGAUGGUAUGCUAGCGUUAGCAAGGAACACCCCUGAAUAUUUUCAAAGCAUUAGAGAAACUACUUGUAAGGGAAAAGGAGUGUAAACAAAAAUGCUACGCAAAACGCUCGCGAAAGUUUGCGAUUACAUAUAUAUAUAUAUAUAUAUAUAUAUAAAUAACGGUGAUACUUCUCCGAAUUAGGGAUUCUGUCGCUCUUGUUCUCUAUUGCUGCAAACUUAGAGAGAAAAGAGAAUAAUCUUCCUGUUUAGUCACCCACUUUUUUUGGGGGGGUGGGGGGCAGGUUCUAUAUACCAAAAUACAGAUGCAACACAAACACGGUAACUUUCAGGUAUUCGACAAAUAAGAGCAUCACAUUUUUUUUACUUUUUAAGUACGCAACGUAACUAACGGAAUUACCUUUCAUCUUUAAGCUAAAUGAUGUAAGAGAAUAUAUAUCACCUGUAUCGCUUAGGCUGUCGAAUGUUUAGUAUAUAUACCGCUGGUCAUAAUUAUUUACCUAAUAGAAUUCCAUAAUUAGUUUCAUCGGUUUAAUUACCAUCCGCAAAAUUUGCAGAAUUCCAAACAUUUUACAUCAAGUUACGCAUGGGAACUAAAUUUUCACUCUUGUGUUCUAUUACGAGGAUUUAAGUUAACUUUAAGUGUAAGAAAUUACUCUUCGGAUUUCGAUCUCAAAGGUAAUACGAUAAGUUUUAUCUCAUUAUAUAUUAUAUAUCCAGUAACAUUCUGGUAUUAUUGCUUUCUUGGACAUUACCUAUACAGUUAAAUGUUAUGUACUUUAUCCGUGACAACUGCAUUUCAACGAUACAUGAUAACUUGUAAAAACUGUAUGUAUUGAUAUUAUCGUAAGAUUAAAUGUUAUAGGUGACAGAUGGUAUGUUAUUUCACCAGUUAAACAUUUUUUUUUAAUAUAUAUAUUUUCAAUGGAACUUUGUAAAACAUGAAACAGCUUGCAAUAAUGUUUACAACGCUAACAGCGGAUAUACACAAAUAAAUAUAAAACAUUUAAAGACUGAAAGAAAACUGUCGGGUAAAGUAAUUAUAAAGUAAUUAUAACAGAAAGAUUAUUUAUUGUGAAGUUAAUAAAUGGGGUACGACAUCCACCAAUUUGUAGAAACAAUUGAUAUAAAUUUAGUGUGCAGUAUAUGUGGAUCAGUUUUUGAGAAUCCUGUACUCACGCCAUGUGGACAUAGUUUUUGUUUGAUAUGCCUGGAAACUUGGUUGAAAACAUCUUUAACGCAAGAACAACCACCACCACAGUUAUUACAGCUACAAUAUAGGCGACCAAGGUCCUUUCCCUCAACUUGUCUGUCACCUGUAACAGCUUCAUGUCCAGAAUGCCGCAAGCCAGUGCAUCCAAAUGAGGCCAAGCCUGAAAUUGCUUUACGAAACCUUAUCAAUGGUUACUACAUGUUCUGUCCAUUUAGAAAAAAUGGAUGUUAUGUAAUGACUAAAUUAGAACAACUUGAAAACCACGAGUCAAAAUGCCCACAUUCUCCUGUGAAAUGUGCAAGCUGUGGAACAACAGUACGCAUGGUAAAUCUUGCUGAGCACCAAAUCAAGUGCCAAAGUUUAGCAGCUUUGAUUGAAGAUAGUGAUGAUUCUUAUGAGAGGCAAGAAUACACACCAUCAAAAGUACCAGUAACAGAUAAAAACACAUCAGUGGAGUUUGCUCAACUUCUUAAAAUUAUGCAAGAACAAAUGGACAUCUUCGAAACAGACUUGCCAGAUGCUAAUGACACUGUGCAAGGCUCAAAACACUGCAGCAAAGUAAAAAGAGUCAACAAGAAAAGACCAAAGUCAUUCAUAGAUAAUACACUAACUUCUCGUCAGGAAUCAUCAAGAAACACAGUGGCAACCCAAAGUGAUAACAAUAGCAAAUCUAAUUGCUCAGGAUUACACUGGUUUGAACAUUCUAUCAAUAAAAUGGUAACAGAACUCAUUCAUACUCAACACCACCAAGUUUUCCGGCUACCGAUGGCAGCAUACAUUUUCCGUUAUUUGCUUAACAAACCAACAUACAUUGACAGUCGCAGAGUGUUUCGAGCAAUCCAGAAAUUUUAUGAUGAUUUUACAAUUAGUUCACACCUUUAUGAUAAUGCAGUACAUGUUCUAGUUGCCACUGCAUUAGCCAGUAAUUGGUUCACAGAAAUACAACAAAACUGCCUCAGCCAAUGGCAGCAAAGUCUAGUGAAAUGCCAUGAACUACUGGAAAGCACAGUGCAUAUCAAUUUAGACAAUUGAAAAAAAAGGUAAAUAAAAUUUGAUUUUAAACUA